AAACCCAAACCCAAACCCAAACCCAAAUUGAACUCUGAAAUCUGCUCAGCAGCUGAAAAUUCCCAGUUUUCUCACAAUCUCCACACCUCCGCGAUCGAAAUGGCGGCGAGAAACGCUCUACUCAAGCACCUCAGAGUGAACGCCACGGCUUUGCCGCAGCUCCAAAACCCUACCGGCGGCCUGUCUCAGCUGUUCAGACGCAAUUUCUCCGAUGAACCGAGGGGCUCUUUCCUUGAGAAGUCAGAGGUUACCGAUCGGGUUCUCAACGUCGUCAAAAACUUUCAGAAAGUCGAUCCGUCUAAGGUUACUCCAUCCGCUCAUUUCCAGGAAGAUCUUGGACUGGAUAGUUUAGAUACUGUGGAAAUUGUGAUGGCUCUCGAAGAAGAGUUCCGUUUCGAGAUUCCUGACAAUGAAGCUGACAAGAUCCAAUCGCUCAAUCUCGCUGUCGACUUCAUCUCAUCCCACCCCCAGGCAAAAUAAUGGGAUAUGGACUUGAUUUUCUUCUCUUCCUUCCCAUAAAAGCUCUGCUGAGAUGAUGUUUGAAUUUUUCUUUUUUCAUUUUUCUUUAUCACCCCAUAAUUUUUUUAUUACUAUUAUGUCUCAUUAUCUCCAGAUUCCAUGUGUAAUUUGGGUUUUACUUUGUUCUUCAUAAUUAAUGUUGAUGGGAUACUCCAUUUAUUAUCAAAACUCUGUUAGAUCUCUCCUUCAUUAUAACUGUCCACACUUUGGCAAUGAUUUUUCACUGUAAUAAAUAUGUCUGUUUAUUUUCUA